AUGUCUUCGGGAAAAAGAAAAACGCCGUGUGAUGGGUCCGUGAAAAGUAAAAAACGAACUGUAUUACACUAUUUUUCGGUGAGUCAACGGUCAGAUAAUAACAAUGACGGAACGAUCGAUGAUUCCACAACGCAAUCGGACGGUGCUUCAGUGAAAAAUACGGAGCAAUCCGACAUUGAAAUUACUGAAUAUAAGCCGGUGGACCAAACGGAAUCAUCGACAUCGGGCCGCGUGUUUCAGAGCAAAUGGUUUUCUCUCUUCUCAUGGGUGACAUUUAACGAAGAAAAAAAUGUGAUGCAGUGUAGUUUGUGUUUAAAGCAUCGGAAAGUAAACACUUUGACCGAAGGUACGUCCAAUUUCCGUACUAGCACUCUGACUAGGCAUGCUGAUGGAAAGGAUCACAAGGCUGCGGUUUUAGCAGAAAAUAUGAAAUCCGAUUUUGUCACAGCAAUUAAAAACGUUACAAAUGAAAAAGAAAAUGCACUGUCGGUAGCUAUGAGGUCUGUUUAUUGGCUUGCAAAGGAAAACUUACCCCUUCAUAAACAUUCAAGUUUGAUGGAAUUUUUGAAAAUAAACGACUGUCCAAACAUUGACAAACUAUCUCAAGGGCAUGUUACAUACACUUCUGAUUCAACAGCUAAUGACAUGUUGGAAACACUCGCAUCAUCAAUUAGAGGUAACAUAAACAUGAUGUUAACAAAAUCACCAUUUAUCAGUAUUUUUGCUGAUGAGAGCACAGACAUUGGCAUGCAGAAGAAACUGGUAGUGUAUGCUCGUGUGUUAGACCCGGACACUUAUAAGCCCUCUACCCAUUUCAUUGAAAAUGUGAAAAUUGCAAAUGGAACUGGAAAAGCUGUUGCAGAGGCAUUAAUAUCUUGUUUGGAGGAAAGGGAUGUUCCCAUGAGUAAAGUUAUGGGAUUAGGGAGUGAUGGGGCAAAAGUCAUGACUGGUAAAAAGGAGGGUGUAACUGGUUAUUUGAUGAGGAAAAACCCAAUGAUGUUAAAUUUCCACUGUAUUGCACAUAGACUUGCACUUGUCAGUUCUCAAGCAGCAAGUGAUGUACCCUACAUAAAAGAAUUCCAAGAGACACUUACAGGAAUGUUUUAUUUCUUUAAAGCAUCUGCAAAUAGGUGUGAGAAGCUGGCAUCUAUACAAUCACUGUUAGAAGAGCCUACAUUAAAGGUCAGGGAAAUCCAUGAAGUUCGAUGGAUGUCAAUUUACAAAGCAGUUGAGUCAGUAUAUAGAACACUAGAUUCUCUUAUCACUUUGUUUGCAAAUGAAAAGGAUGCAAAGGCUAAGGGAUAUUCAAGGAAAUUGGCCAACCACAAGUUCAUUGCAACAACAUACAUGUUAAUGGAUAUCCUUCCUAUCAUUACUGAAAUGUGCCUAGUGUUCCAAAAAACUGACUUGGAUGUUGCGAUGGUACAGGUUUCUGUAGACAACUGUAUUGCUACACUGGAGAAGUACAAGAACGGAGAUACUUUACAGAACACAUAUCUUGGGCAGCUUAAGGAACACCUGAUAGAAACUGAUGGUAAAAUGUACUUCAAAGGACAUCUGAUAACAAAGACGCCACAAGAUGUAAACAAAAACAGAGUACAAUUUAUUGAAAGCCUGAUCGCCAAGUUGAAUGACAGGUUCCCAAAGAAAGACAGUAACAUCAUGUAUGCAUAUGGUGUCCUUGGAUUGAGACCUAUCUCAUUUCUCAGCAAGUCAGAUUUGGAGGCAUGGGGUAAUGAGAAGAUAGAGGUCCUUUGCACACACUUUGGAACCACCCAGCAGCACGGAGAAGGGGAGACUGAUCCUAUAAUUGAUACAGAAAAAACUAAACAAGAAUGGAACCAGCUGAAACCUCUUGUGCUCAAUUCAGGGUAUCCCAGGGACAAACUGUCUGUACUGUGGAGUCUUAUCAACUCUUACCACAAGGAUGAUUUCCCCAACUUGUUGACCUUAGCUGGCCUGGCAUUGACAGCUCCCAUUCACACUGCUGACUGUGAACGUGGCUUUAGUGGACAAAACAGAAUCAAAACUAGCUACAGAAACAGGAUAAAGCCAUCUACAGUUGAUGACCUGUUAACUGUAUCACUUGAAGGACUGCCAGUUAAAGAGUUUAACUUUAGUGAAAGUGUUAAAAUCUGGAAGGCAAAGAAACAAAGAAAAAUCUUUUCCUAA